CAACUGCCAAAGCUCAAGAAGGAAACUCCUCCCUGUUGACAGCACGUUCCGUCCCCUUCUCAGCGCAAUGGUUUCUUGGAUAAUCUCUAGACUUGUGGUGCUUGUAUUUGGCACACUAUAUCCUGCAUACUCCUCAUACAAAGCUGUCAAGUCAAAGGAUGUGAAGGAAUAUGUGAAAUGGAUGAUGUACUGGAUCAUAUUUGCACUAUUCACCACCAUGGAAACCAUCACGGAUAUAUUUAUCUGUUGGGUUCCUUUCUAUUAUGAGCUGAAGAUUGCCUUUGUGGUAUGGUUACUGUCUCCUUACACAAAGGGGUCCAGUGUUCUAUACAGGAAGUUUGUUCACCCGACACUAUCUUCAAAAGAGAAGGAUAUUGAUGACUAUCUCUGCCAAGCAAAGGACAAAAGCUACGAUACUCUGGUGACUUUUGGGAGGAAAGGUUUGAAUGUAGCAGCCACAGCUGCAGUCCUGGCAGCGACAAAGAGCCAAGGAGUACUGUCAGAUAGACUACGAAGUUUUAGCAUGCAUGACUUGUCCGCCUACCAGUCCGACCCAACUGAGGUGGACUCUGGAUCUGUCCCGAGUCAGUCUGCAGCUGGACAGCAGAGGGCCAGGACCAUGAUGCGCAGCAAGUCAGAGAGUGGCUACACCAAGGGGCAGGAUUUGGACAUGACUGAGUAUGAGGUGUUGAGAUUCGACCAGUGUGACACCAAGGAGCUGCUGUCCCACGCUAUUACGCCCCCCAAACCCACACUCCCUCCCUCACCCUCCCUGACCCCCCAGCCCUCUCCACCUCCAUCCCUUGCACCAGAGCAGACUGAGGACAUGGGGGGGGAAACGUCAACAAGCACCCCACAGCUCAGGCUGAUUAAGAGGAAGGCGCCUGAGCCUCCUCCUAGGGACAUAAGACCUCUCACAAGAUCCAGGACUGCCCAGCUGCCUUCAAACAGAGAAGCCAUGUGAUUUUGUGUAAACGCUCCCAAGACCACUUUAGCUGCAAGGAGAAGAGGGUAAAUAAGGAAAUGUGGCUAAAAGCUAAAUGCAUAAAGCAGCCUUGUUUUAGAAUAAGGAAACCAAAGUGACUUGUGACCCUCUAUCUUAAUAUAUAUGACAUCUGGCACAUACUGUACUGUAAAGGAGACAGAUGGUGGGUGCCAUCAAGGUAGCACUCAAGAGUGGGCUCCAUACCUUACAGACAUUUGGAUUGACUUGUCGGUCAUUGAAUAUGUUUUUGUAUGUAUGUAAAGUGUGUGUAUUUAUCAUUAAUAGUUUUUUUUAUAUACUAUGUUUAGAGACAAAUGCAUGUAUGUGUCUCUGGUCAUUAGUGUCAUGAAACAGAAUGUAUUGUUACUUACAUCUUUUUGUGGCUACUUGGUCACUGUUUGAGGUAGCAUCAGUCAUCAGGAGCGUAGCAGGGUGAAAUACUCCGUAAUGAAGGAUAUGGUUGUCCACUCCCUCUCUUGGGUUUUUAGGGAGAGCUUUAACCUGGCAAACACAAUCUGUACUGACAAUUUAACAGGACACAGAAUAUUGAAAUGAAUUGUCCUGUCAGGUUAGUAUAACUCCUCAAAUGUGGUAUUUAUUUAUGAGAUAAAAUAGCAGUGGUAGGACUUAAAAAUGCUGAUUAUUAUUAAUCAAAUGCAAGUAAGGGCUCUAUUCAGUCUGUAUCGCUGAAGCAUUACAGAUUGUGCGAUAGAAAUGUGAAGGUAAUAUCUGAUUGAGCCGACAUACGCAGCGUUUAUCGUGAAUAAAGUCUUCACUAACGUGGGAACAUUGUCUUUAAAUUUCAAUCACGCUGAACUUCCACGAUACGGUUUGAAUAGAGCUCUUUACAUUUGAUUAUAAAGCCUUAAAUCAUUCAAAUAAAACAUUGAGUACCUGGUACUACAGAAACAGUAAUAUCAGUACUUGUAUUUCUUGCAAAGAGCACUAAAACAUCAUGAAAAACAUAACUAUGACUGUCAUUGACUAUUGUCAUUAUCCACUAUGUUCAGAGUUACAGCAACUGUUCCAGUACCAUGAAAUGGCAACAUAAAAGAACUUCAGAAAUGUAAAAAUGUUUUUUUUCCUUUUUAGUUCACUGAUCACCAUGUUAUUUAUCAUUACCAAAAUUAUUAUUAUAUGGGAUUAGUUAGUAUUCAAAUAAAGAAAUUGCUCUAUGAGGUAGAAAUGUUGACAAUCGACUUUUCAAUCUCAUCAUAACUUA